AUGAAUAAUUCAAAAAUCUUCUAUUCCGUGGUUGCUAUUGUUUCGCUGGUAUUAGCCGGUUUAGCAACGCAUGCCCAAAGUCAAGAGGACAACGUAGUCGAUGAUGGUUGCCUCGCAUGCAUUUGCGAUGCAACUAGCGGUUGCAAUGUUACGAAAACCUGUAAUGGCGACGUUUGUGGGCUUUUCCGUAUCACCUGGUUCUACUGGGCCGAUGGUGGCAAAAUGACAGUAAAUGGAGACUCUGAAGACUCUCCAAUGGCUUUUCAAAAUUGUGCAACCGAUCCGUUUUGUGCAACAAAAACAGUCCAAAAUUACAUGGCAAAAUUCAGGCAAGAUUGUAACCGCGAUGGCAAAAUUGAUUGCUAUGAUUUCGCUGCUAUUCACAAAUUGGGUGGUUAUGGAUGUCCAGGUCAAAUUUUUGGACCUUAUUCGGUAACAUUGAAUCAAUGUUUGAAAGCUUAUUCAAUCGCUGUUUUUCUGUCUAAUUCUGAUAGUAUUAACUCCUUUUUGGACUUGAGGUCAAAUUCAAGCCCACAUAGGAAUACCCCAAUCUCGGAGGAACCUACAACAACAGCAACAAUGAUAAGUUCUGAGGUCAAAUCUGAUGUCACGAACUCCAAAAAAUUGUCACAAAAUACAGAAAAUGUUACUAAAAUGGAAGAAGUCCCACAGAUCGUAGAUGUUGUUGAAACUUUUGACGAUGUAACUGACUCGAGUGAUCAAACUUCUGAAAAAAUCCUUAAUAACCCACAAAGAAAAAUGGCGUUGAAAGCAGACUUACCAUCGUUAACACUUUUGCAGUAUUUACGUCCAAAAGUUAAUACGACAACAACGACCGCUCCGUCUGUUUCAAGCAAAAAAGACGCUAUUUCAGAAAAUAUGAUUGGAGGUCCGGUAUUGCUCAUUCCCGAUAAAGAUGAUAUGAAUCUUACUGUAGACAAUAUUUUGUCUAUUCUAAAAGGUACAAAUGUAACGCAAAUUAAUGAUGCACAAAGUCAAACAAAAGAAAUCAGUCAAGACCGUUUCUUUGAUUUAUAUGAGAGAAUUGAAAAAUCCAAAAAUGAUGAUACAGACAAAGAUUUGAGUAUCAAAGAAAAAUUUUUGGAAGCAUUUGCAACCAAAAAUCGUAUUGAAAAAGAAAGAAACUAUUUAUUGAAUGAAAUCACCAAAAAUAACAAAGCACUUGGUACAAAUGAAAAUGAUGGCCAGGAGUUGCAAAGGCGAACAAUAGAAAGCCGUCAUGAUCGUUUCUUCAAAAAAUUGGAAGAAAGGGAAAAAUCAGAAAAAGAACAUAGAGAAAAAGAACUGAGAUUUCAAGAACAAUUUCUGGAAGCAUUUCUAAAAAGCACUCGUGUUGAAGAAGAAAGAAAUAAGGUAUUGAAAGAGAUCGCGAAUAGUAACAAACCAUCUGAUUUUGAACCUAGAUAUUUUUUUUUCUAAUUUUAUUUUAAAAUUAAAUUAUCUUUCAUGAUGAAAAAAAAAUCUUAGUUAAAAAUUUGUUAAAAAUAAAAAUUUAUUAAAAACUAAAAUUUGUUAAAAUUAAAAUUUUUAAAGCACAUCAAAACAAAUGAAUGAAGAAUUCAAUAUAUUUAAAA